AUGAAGACCCUUCAAUUUAUUUAUACCCUCACGGCCACCGAGUUCGGCAGUGUGUUUGACACCCCGGUGACCAUUGGCAAUCAAACGUUCCAGAUGCUGGUUGACACCGGCAGCAGCGACACCUAUGUCAUGCGCGAUGGCUUCACUUGCAUCAGCCCAGAUAACAACCAAACGAUCCCACAAUACAAAUGCCUCUAUGCCAACCACACAUACCAUGAAUCCAGCACAUACCGGGAAAUCCCAGGUGAGAUAUUCGGAAUCGAAUAUGGAGCUGGCCUCGCCAGCGGCGUGAUGGCGUACGAAGACGUCACAAUCAACGGCAUCACCGUGAAGGGCCAGAAAGUGGCUAUUGCCAACCAGUCAAACCCCAUGGGUGACGGUGUUAACAGCGGCCUGUUGGGUCUCGCAUACCCUUCAAUCACUUCGGCCCAUCCGGCGGACAAGAAUGACAACACAACCUUCUUCUACAACCGCCUGCCUUACGAUACGCUCCUAGUGAGCGCAUUCAAGCAGGGCCUGACGGAUCCUUAUUUCAGCAUUGCCCUGGCCCGAACACCACGGAAUGCUUCGGUCGGGUUUGGCGGCUACUUGACAAUCGGCGGGCUCCCACCAGUCAACCAUAGCUCGCAGUUUACCGUCGCUCCCGUCGAGAUCAUGGACGUAGUCCCAUCGAAGUUCACCUCCAACAAGCGGGCUCGAUCCUACUGGGCUACGACCUUCGGCGGUGCAUCAUACGGCGCCUCCCACAAGCACCUUGAGAGCAACACGACUUCGUUCCAGGGCUUCUUCGACAUCGGCAACAGUCUUUCCUUCGUGCCUCAGGAGGUUGCAGAUGCGGUGAACUCGCGCUUCUCGCCGCCGGCGAUCUAUAACCCCGAGCUCAAAGCAUACAACGUGAACUGCACAGCAACACCCCCUGAAUUUGGCCUCAAGAUUGGAAACCAGACCUUUUUCCACGAGCCCGAGGACCUCGUCUAUCAGACAGGAGACGGCUGCAUCUCUGCCAUCGCCAGUUCGCAGAAUGUGGCCAUCCAGGGGCUGACGAUCAACAUCAUCGGGGCUUCAUUCUUGAAAAGCAUGCUGUCCGUCUAUGAUUUUGGGAAGAACGAGAUGCGGUUCGCGAAGUUGUAUUCUCCAAGUGCAUGCGAUAUGUAG